UGUUCUGGCCUCACUCGACGCGUUUUCUAUAUCUAUCCAGGGAUCUCCCCCCAUUUUUUGUCAGUCUUGCUUUCACUCUUCACCUCAACAACAAUCUGCUAAGCCACAGAGUGCUUCUGGCAGAAGAAUAAAUUCACUCUACUGCACUUUUAACACUUUCCCCCCUCGAUUGAGAAAUCGUCAUGGGUAUCAAGGACAUCAUCGGCCUCGGCGUCGACGAGAAGACAAAGAAGCUUCAGGAGGAAGCUCCCAAGUUCGAGCAUGUUACUUGGUACAAGGACCCCGGCCUGAGGGUCUUGACCUUCUACGCAUGCGUUCUUUGUGUUUCCUCUAUGGGAACUGGUUGGGAUGGUAUGUACAUGGGUGUCGUUCAAAACUUUGACACCUGGAAUGACUUCUUCGACAAGCCCGAGGGUAGCAGACUCGGUCUUUUGGUCGCUCUCUAUCAAAUCGGUUCAGUCGCCUCUAUCCCUCUUGUCCCUGUUAUCGCCGAUCGCUGGGGACGUCGCCCUUGUAUCGCUCUCGGCUUUAUCCUCAUGGCUAUUGGCGCCGGUCUGCAGGCUGGAGCUCCCGAUUACGCUACCUACUCUGGCGGUCGUGUUCUUCUCGGUUUCGGCAACUCGUUCGCUCAGAUUGCCUCUCCUAUGCUUCUCGCUGAGCUGUGCCAUCCUCAGCACCGUGCUCGUUUCACCACUGUUUAUAACUGUCUCUGGAACAUGGGUUCUCUGCUUGUUUCCUGGACUUGCUUCGGUACUCACUACUGGGGUGGCGGCAACAGUGACUGGUCGUGGCGAUUCCCCGCCAUCCUCCAGGGUGCUCCCGGUCUCAUUCAGCUCGUGAUUCUCUGGUGGAUCCCCGAAUCCCCUCGAUUCCUCAUCGCCAAGGACCGCCAGGACGAAGCACUUCACAUCCUCUCUAAAUACCACGCCAACGGCAACGAGAACCACCCAACUGUCCAAUUCGAGUACCGUGAGAUCCGCGACACCAUCAAGGCCGAGCAGCUCGCCAACAACAGUUCCCGAUAUACCGACUUCUUCAAGACCAAGGGUAACCGCUACCGUCUCCUCGUCCUCUUCUCCCUCGGUCUCUUCUCCCAGUGGUCAGGCAAUGGUGUUGUCUCCAACUACUCUGCCCGUCUCUACAUCAACGCUGGUCUCGAUAGCGAGAACGAACGUCUUAUCAUCACUGCCGGAAAGACUAUUCUCGAUCUAUUUGUCUCUAUCGGCUGCGCUCUCCUCGUCGAACGCCUUAACCGUCGCUUCUCUUUCCUCUUCGCCACUGGUGGUAUGUGCCUGACUCUACUCUUCUGGACCCUUACCUGCGGUCUCCACGAGCAGCACCAGGCCCCUGGCGCCAAUAACGCCAUGAUCUUCCUUGUCUGGCUUCAUGGUGUCUUUUACUCGACUUGUUGGUCUGGUCUCUUGAUCGGUUAUGCUGUUGAGAUUCUCCCCUACUCUCUCCGUGCCAAGGGUCUGAUGUUCCUCAACAUUUCGGUCCAAAUCGCUCUUCUGCUCAACAACUAUCUCAAUCCUCUGGCGUUCAAGGCCUGGCAAGCUCCCGCCGUCCCCGAAGGCGAGAAGGAAACUGGCUACGGUGGCAACACCUGGAGACUCUACCUUAUCUACACCAUCUGGGUCGCUGGUGAGGUUCUUUUCAUCUUCUUCAUGUAUGUUGAGACUCGUGGACCUACUCUUGAGGAGUUGGCCAAGGUUAUCGAUGGUGACAACGCCGCUGUGGCUGAUGUCGAUCUCGAGCACGUUGAGAAGGAGGUUCUCAGCAAGGAGACCGAGAGAGUUUCUUCUCUGGAUCAGGAGGUCCACGAGGUUGCUCCCAGCAAGGUCUAAGUAACGUCUUCUCACAUUCACGCGAGGAGGGCAGCGCGAUAGCAAACGCGUAUCUGCCCGUCUACGAUAAUUGUUUUUGAUCUAGUCUAAUGAGCUAGCUGAAUGAGUUUAAUGCUAUAUACCUUUAUUGAUGGA